AUGAUCCAAACGGCUCUGGUCCUGUUGGCAGUCCAUCCUGAGCUUCAGCAAGAGAUCCACGAGGAACUGGAUGUGAUUUACGGAGAAAAGUCGGAAGGCGAAGGGCUCGUUUAUGAGUCCGAUUAUCCGAAGAUGAGACGUGUUAUAGCCUUGAUGCUGGAAACCCUCCGUUUAUUCCCCUCGAUAUCCGGUAUUCCCAAAUGGACCAGCGACAAACCUCAGAUUGCGCACUACAAUGGCCAACCGUUCGAUAUCCCCCAGGAUACCAGUAUUGUGCUGGACGUUGUGGCGGUUCACUGCAAUCCUCGAUACUGGGGGGAAGAUGCAAAUGUUUUCCGCCCUUCGCGGUGGCUCAUGGACGAGACGUACGAGCCGCUGACGAACUCGGUCAGCCACUCAAAGCAUCACCUGAACAUGUUAUGCCCCCGGAAGGGCGCUUUUAUUGUCUUCAGCGAUGGUCAUCGCGAUUGUCUGGGCAAAGGAUUUCUCGAUCGAGUUGGUACCUCCCGAGAGGUCUACACCAUCCGAUGCUGUAUGGAGCGCUAUGUGUCAAAACGCAUGGAAGGCUCUGGACGACAGAAGGAAUAUGACGAGCUUCAAAAUGUAUGGGAAAGUCCUGUUCGGUUUGUUCCUAGGGGGUGGAAUGGCGUCGUGGUUGAUCUCUUGUAUAUUACCAUGUCAUAUAUCGCCCUGUUUUUGGGAAUAUUCGUUUCAUGCAUAGAUGCCUAG